AUGGCUCGCUCGGUGACAGCAACAACGAAUGGCACCUCCAAAAGGAAGAACCGUGCCGUCAAUGGCAGCGCAGACGGUUCGGCGGUCGCGAGUUCAAAGCUCGAGAAUGACCCAGGGUACCGAGACUUCUUCUGGACUUACACCGAGGAGCCGCACCGGACAAGACGCCUUGCCAUUAUUAAGGCGCAUCCAGAGGUCACAAAACUAUGCGGGCCGGAACCUCUGACCAAGUACGUGGUCGCUGGUGUUGUAGCUCUCCAGCUGCUGUGCGCCCACCUCCUGCGAGAUACAUCCUUCUGGUCAUGGAAGUUCUGGGCGGUCGGCUACGUUAUCGGUGCCACUUCGAACCAGAAUCUUUUCCUCGCCAUUCACGAGAUCUCUCACAACCUCGCCUUCCGGUCAGCCAUGGCCAACCGGCUCUUCGCCAUCUUUGCCAACCUGCCGAUCGGGGUGCCAUAUAGCGCCUCGUUCAGACCCUACCACCUUACGCACCACAAGUCCCUAGGCGUAGACGGCCUCGACACCGACCUCCCCACUGCCCUUGAAGCUUUCUUCUUGGACUCCAUCCUCGGCAAAGCCUUCUUCUGCACCUUCCAGAUCUUCUUCUACGCCAUCCGCCCCAUAACCGUCUACCGCGUGCCGUUCACCUGGGUGCACUGGAUCAACCUCCUCAUCCAGCUCGGCUUCGACUACGUGCUGGUCUACUGCCUCCCCUCCUUCUUCAGCAUCAACUCGCUGCUCUACCUCCUGCUCUCCUCCUUCCUCGCCGGCUCCCUGCACCCGACGGCAGGGCACUUCAUCGCCGAGCACUACGUCUACGAGAAGGUCCUGCCCGAGGCCAGGGACCCGAGCAACAACAUCCCCGUGCCGGAAACGUUCAGCUACUAUGGCCCGCUGAACCUGCUGACGUACAACGUCGGCCUGCACAACGAGCACCACGACUUUCCAGCCAUCCCCUGGACGCGGCUGCCGGUGCUGCACGAGCUGGCCAAGGAGUUCUACGCCGAUCUGCCGCAUCACCGGAGCUGGACGUAUGUGCUCUGGCGGUUCAUCUUCGACGAAGAGGUGGGCAUGAGAUGUCGGGUGAAGAGGAAGCAAGGGGGCAGAGUGGUGGGCGGGGGCACCGCCGUCGCCAAGGUGGCUGACUGGAAAGAGGAUGAGGUUGAGGCGUAG